AUGUCCGCCUCUCCAACUGUCGCCUUCUUUGGUGCAACCGGCGGCGUCGCCAACGGCAUUCUCAUCCACACCCUCCUCGCAGGCCACCGAGCCAUCGCCCUCGUGCGCACGCCGCAAAAGCUGCGCGACCAACUCCUCCGCCAGGACCUCGCGCCCGACCUCCUCAACAACCUCACAAUCGUGCAGGGCAACGCCCUGGACGUCACGGCCGUGAAGCGCGCCCUCACGGCCCAUGGACCCCACACCCUCCCCUGCGUGAUUGUGACAGGCCUGGGCGGCGCUCCGGGGUUCAAGUUCCAAUGGCGCCGGCCGUUCCAGUUCGCGACGCUCGAUGAUCCGCACGUGUGCGAGACCGCGGCCGCGACGCUCACGAGGGCGUUGACCGAGAUAUACGCCGAAAGUGCAUCUGCAGACCAUUUGCAAAAACCCCAACCCCUACCCCUCUUGACAUUCAUUUCCACGACCGGCGUCACCAGGGGCCCCGAGGACGUCCCCUUUUGGAUCCGCUUUCUGUAUCAUCAGAUCCUCACGGUUCCGCACGCGGACAAGAAGAAGAUGGAGGAGAUUUACCGCGCGGAUGCCGACGCCCACCUCACGCCCGAGCAGAAUCGCUUGUUCCGCGCCAUUGUGGGCAUCAGGCCGACAUUGUUGACGCCGCUGGACAACUCGCCGGCUGAUUAUCGAGAUGUGGUGGGGUUGGAAAAGAUUCGGGCGGGCACGGAACAGAAGCCGGCCGUAGGGUAUAGUAUCAAGAGGGGAGAUGUCGCGCAGUGGGUUUGGGAACACGUGGUGAGGGAGGCUGUGGAGGGAGGAAAGGGGAAGUGGGAGGGGGAGAUGGUCAGUCUUAGCAGUUAG